AUGUGUGCGUUUUGUGCAUUUACUAGGGGAGUUUUGGGCAGAAGGACAUUCUUGCGUACGCGUCUACGUAGAAAUAUAUACAUACCUUCAUCAACAAUAAGGAUUGUUUUCAUGACACAGGAACAUGGUAGUGAGGAAGGCACACUUAACGCCCUCCGGACGGCUUUGUCAUCCGGGAAGGCGGACUCUAUACGGACUCUCGAUGAAAACGCAGUCCUUUUGCAUCAUAAGCAAGCUGUUCCGGAACUGCUGCAGUUGUGUAACUCUGUUGGCGGUUCCCACAGCAUGUCGCUACUGAACACUGCAUGGAAACUCCUGCUUUCAGUUGCCGCCCUGAAAGAUGUUACCGCGGGCCUUUACUGCAAAAUUCUACACUUCAUGCUCUCGCAACUACAGCACCACAUUUUUUCGCACGACUGGUCUGAUCCGAAACAAAUUAAACUCACAACCUUCGUGGCCUCAUACCUUGUUUCGACCGUGAGGAAGCAUCCGUCGUUUGCGGUGCGGGAUGAAGCAUUUGUUAACUCGAUAUUGGAUCUUCAUAUCACGACCGUCUUCACACUUGUUACUACCGAGAAUGGGGAGGCUGCGCAACAACUGCAGAAACAAGUUGGGGUGCGGCUGCUUGGCACACUCGGAGCUUUAGGGGGAACACUGGGUGAACAGCAGGUUGGGGAGGAUGGGGGCUGGUCGCCGUUGCUUGUGAAGUGUCUGAGAACUGCUCCUUCGGAGGUAGCGACAUCGUUGGGAGAUGAGGUGGACGUUGAUUCUAUAACGGCGGUGGCAGCAAUGACGGCCAUGUUGGCGAUGGCGCGUUCGAUGGUGCCGUUGUUGGAGAAGCCAGCUUCUCUAGAGCGGUUGUUGGAGGUUUCGCUCUUGUGGCUACCAGACAUGACAGUUGUCCUUGUUGAGCAAGAUAGUGGGGCAUGUGCACUGCACAAACGCGUCUCACAGCUCGCAAAGGAGCUCCCACGGGAGGUGUACUACGCAGGUCGGGGGCAUGAGGUGGAAGCGAUGGAGUCGUCACAGGAGCUUGACCUUGGGGCACAGCUCAUGUUGCUGCUGCGUAGUACCGUUCGAAGGAGCGUGCAGUUGGAUCAGCAGGACGGAAACCUCGAAAAGAAUGGGAGUGGCUUCAUGUGCGGUGUGCUACAGCGCUUUCGGGUUUUCAGUAUUUUGCUUGCCGCGCUUCUUGUACCAAACGAUACUAGCGCCGCUCGGGUGCUGUUGGUGUGGGAGGCGGCGCUACACGCUCUUCCUGGCGCUUUGCGUCGAACCUUGGGGGAAGAGCUGCUGCUCCUAGGCGAGGGACAGCUAUGUGCUCUGCGCAGAUCACAUACUCUGCAGCAUGAUAAAGUGGAGACUCUGCGCAGAUUUCUCAAUCUACUAGCCGUCCUUACAGCGGAGAUAUGCCGCCUGUUGCGAGUCCCGCCUGAGGUGCUCACUGGCACAAGGAACGACUCUACGGUUGGAUCCGUGCCUCCGGAAGGUCCGACGUUUCAUCGCAUGGUAAGCAUACUGUACCACCAGUCGCGUGUGUAUCAGUGGUGGUGGGAGGAGAUGCUGGUGCUCAGCGGUAAUGAGCGCGCAGCGGGUGCAGCGGUGUCAGCGACUCCACCGGGAACGGCUGUUUCGGCUCUCCAUGACGAGCUUCAAUCCGCUUUUUCACACAAUGAAGGGGAUCAGAAACAACGUCUGUGCAUGGUUCUAACAUCGGUCCCAGGAAAGCUUGUUGAAAUUUUGCGGCAGUGCAACCACACGAGCGGUUCACGUAGCAUCAACGUGGUGCCCUUGUUCUCUGUUGCCACGCGUGCUAUUGAGGCGCUUUACAACUCAGCUGACUCGUCGGAUGAUGUUCGCGUGUGUGCACGAUUUGUAGCUGCGGAGAUUGUUGCUGUUGCAGGACUUUUACAGUGUGGUGAUUCAGCCUAUAGCACACUGUUGCACCGCCUGGUGCAGAUAAGCUUCAAACCCUUGGAAUCCGGAAGCGACUUACAUGGUAGUAGGCUCAGCGGAGAGCCAGCCGACAGGUCUCAGUGUGUGGAGGGGAUCUUGCGCUACCACGCGGCGGUGUGUUUGUACCUUUUUGCGCAGCGCGAAACCUCGGUACCGGUGGCGGAGUUGUGUCCUGGGGGCUCUGUCGCUACGGCACUCCGUCAGAUUCUGGAAGGGAAGGGGCUUACUACUGGUGGCGACGUGACCAUGCACUCAUGCGAGGCCUUAUUGGCGCCACAAGUUACCGUCUGGCAAAUGCUUUUUCCCCACUUGGGUCGGGUUCCAACUUCAGAAACAAAGGCAAUCAAAGGGGGUUCACAGGGAUCGCAGCUCACUGUGGAUGCGUCAAGUGAUUCUUCCCACUGUUCUUCGCAGAGUACCCCCGGCAGACUUCUUCUUCCACUGCAGAAGUGUGAGGAGACUCUUCGGUUGUUUUUGGAGUCGCAGGAGUCAGUUGGCCGUUCGUUGACGCGAGAGGAAACAGAGACAUUGACCCGUGUGGAGCAACUUGUUGCAGCUGCUGCUGUGAUGCUCCGCCCCGAUAUCAAGAGCAACGGACAGGGGAGAUUUGUCUCGUCAGAGGGGCCCUCCGGACCGUUUUGA